CCAUUUCUUAGAAACAUCAACUCCUUUAAACUCACCAACCUACCCUUUCCAAAAUAAAAAACCAUAACAUUUUUGUGAGAAUUGAGAAAUUCCGAAACUCCUCAAUUCAUCACCUUCUCCUCUUCUCUCUAAUUGAAUCAAAAAGCAAAAACAAAAAAGACCAAUAUUUCCAAUGGAACUCUCAUACAAAAUUCUCAGAAGAUCAGUUCAUAGUUUUCUUCAAAACUAUCAUUAUUUCACAACAACAAUAGUUUUUCUUGCCUUUCCUUUCUCAGCAUCAAUACUCCUCUCACAAGCAUUAGUCCCUUUUUCUUCAUCACUCUAUCCUCAAAUAUACAAUCACCUUAAGAUUCUAUUUGAUGCUGCUGGUUUUCCUUCUUCAUCACAAAUUUUUACUCUUCUCAACCUUAAAGUUUCUCAAACUAUCACUUCCUCAAUUUUCACCCUGCCUUUCACUCUCACCUUUUUCCUCAUUACAAAAUCAUUCAUAAUUCAAGCAAUGAAAAUGAAUAACCACAAAGAAAAUUUGCAACCUUCAUUUGUUGAUAUAAUAUCCUAUCAUUACAAGCCACUCUUUCAAACCUAUAUCUACAACACUUUCUUCCUUCUAUCAGCAAAUGCAUCAACUUUUUGUUUCCUUUUUCUCGUCUUUAGUUUCGCUGAAGGGCUAGGAAACUCAUCUCCAAGUCUCACUCUUUUUGUAACAGCCGCGGCUGCAGUUUUCUUCUCAGUGAUCCUUGCAAAUGCACUUGUGAUAUCGAACAUGGCACUAACACUAUCGGGUAUGGAUGGACAUGGAGGUUACAUGGCGAUUUUGAAAGCGUGCGUUCUUCUGAGGGGAAGGACAUCAACGGCUCUGUUCUUGGCAUUGCCUAUCAAUGUAAGUUUGGCUGCCAUUGAGGCCUUGUUUCAAUUCCGCGUCGUAAGAGGGUAUCACAAUAUUGGUGGAAAGUCAUCGUGGUUUUUCUUAGGUUUGGAGGGUAUUUUCAUUGCCUACUUGUACUCGAUUUUCAUCAUCAUUGACACUAUUGUGAGUUACAUGUUUUACAAAAGCUGCAAAAUUGGAGGAUCAUUGGUUGAUAAGGAAGACAAACAUUUUUUGAGGAUUGAAUUCAUAGAAGAGGACAAUUAUGGUUACUUGGGAGACAAUAAUUUCCAAGAACUACCUUGAUUAACAUAUAUAUAUGGCUUUUCUUAUGUUUAUCAAAAGAGAAAGAGCUAAAAGCUAUUAAAGCAGGUGAUUGAAAAAUUCAUUCAUGUUUGUUUCUCAGAACCAUAUCGAAUGACUAUUGAAGGCGUAAAGGUUUCUAAUUCAGCUCUGUGCAAGAACAAGAAGCUGGAGAUUAGUUCACCAUUAAAUUUUUAAUGUUUUCUUUUUAAAUUCAUGAAACUUUUCUUCUUUAUUUAUUUUUCCUUGUUACUUGUAAAUUUAUCGGUAAUCUUAUACUGUGUGAAUAAUACAAAGACUUCUGCUAAUAUUCA